CCCAGCGAAGCACAAGCGAGCGCGCGAGCAAUGCGAUAGUCCAGGCUGCAAUGGUGAAAUAAGCCACGACAUUCAUUUGAAGGACAAACUUUUGUUUUUAAUGAUUAGAAUUCUAAUUUCGCAUCAUUCUUUGCGGUUUAUUUUUGUUGUUGGUGGUUGUAUUUUUUUCGCGAGGGAGCUCUCGCUCUCUCAAAUCUGAUUUCUGAAUCGAUACUUUUUUUGAAGACACUUGGUAAUUAUGUUCGGAUCGGCGCUUAUCCAGCCGGCAAGAUGAUAUUUUCACCGAGGAGUCCGUUCGCUCGUGGUGCUGAUUCGGUGGUCUUGGUGUUGUUUUGGGUCUUGGGAAGCGUCCUAGCCAAGGAUACUGCCUUUGUGGAAGUUGUGCUUUUUGAGUCGAGCCCAAAUGGUGAUUAUACUACUUACACGACAGGUUUGCAGGGACGCUUCUCCAAAGCCGGAGCCACUAUCAGCGCCGAGGGCGAGAUCGUGCAAAUGCACCCAUUGGGGCUGUGUAACAACAACGAUGAAGAGGAUUUGUAUGAAUAUGGCUGGGUGGGCGUGGUCAAACUGGAGCAGCCCGAGUUGGACCCUAGCUGUCUCACUGUACUGGGCAAGGCGAAGAGAGCUGUUCAGAGAGGAGCCACGGCUGUUAUAUUUGAUGUCUCAGAAAAUCCAGAUGCCAUCGAUCAGCUGAAUCAGGUUAUGGAGGACCCUCUUAAGAGGCCAGUGGUCUAUGUCAAAGGAGCAGAUGCGGUUAAACUGAUGAACAUUGUCAACAAGCAGAAAGUUGCACGUGCCAGAAUACAACACCGGCCUCCAAGGCCAACAGAGUAUUUUGACAUGGGAAUCUUCCUGGCAUUCUUUGUUGUGGUGUCUCUGGUCUGCCUAAUCCUCCUCAUCAAGAUAAAGCUCAAGCAAAGACGCAGCCAGAGUUCCAUGAACCGGAUGGCCAUUCAGGCCCUGGAAAAGAUGGAAACACGCAAGUUCAAGGCUAAAGUCAAAGGUCAGCGCGAGCUCAGCUGUGGAGCAUCAGACUCGCUGAGCAGUAGUUCCACAUCAGACUGUGCCAUCUGCCUUGAGAAAUACAUCGAUGGAGAGGAGUUGAGGGUGAUUCCUUGUGCACACCGCUUUCAUAAGAAAUGUGUUGACCCUUGGCUACUGCAGCACCACACCUGUCCACACUGCAGGCACAACAUCAUUGAGCAAAAAAAGGGAACCCCUAGCGCUGUUUGCCUUGAUCCAGGUAACCCAGUCCACAGCCGCCAGCAGAGAGUCGUCCUUCCUGUUCAUUACCCAGGAAGAGUGCAACGAGCUGGGCAAGUGACGGCCUACCCUACACGCACCAGCAUGGACCCCCAUGGCAACCCCAUCACUGUUCUUACAGUAGACCCCCAUCCCGAGCCGGGCCUUUAUCCUUCACAAUCUUCCUUUAUACAGGGUUACCCAGCUCUCCAUCUGGACCACACUCUGAACCCUCACCAUUGUGGCCUGGAGCACCGUGGCCCUGGCUAUCCACAAACCCAUACUUUUAAGCGGCCCAAAUUCCAUGGACGCAACUUUUCUCGUGCUGCCUGCUUUUCCCAGUACGAAACCAUGUACCAGCAUUACUAUUUUCAAGGCUUGACCUUUCCUCAGCCCGAAGGCCAGCCUGGAAAUAGGCUCCACAAGGCUCACAAUCGACCCUUCCCACCAGGACUCUUGUAUCCUACUGUGGUGCACAUGGCACCAGCUGCCUCUUCCCGAAUUGGGGACUCAGGAAGCACCUCUGGACUAAGUUGUUACCACGGGCACCGCACUGUGUGUAGUGGUUAUCUUGCGGACUGUCCUGGAAGUGACAGCAGCAGCAGCUCGGGUCAGUGCCACUGCUCCUCAAGUGACUCAAUGUUGGAUUGUACGGAAGUCAGCAACCAGGGUGUCUAUGGGAGCUGCUCGACGUUCCGUAGUUCGCUAAGCAGCGAUUACGAUCCUUAUGUGUACCGCAGUAAGAGUCCUUGUCGGGGAUCUGCUGGGGAGGCUGGGACAGUGUUUCCUGCCACCGCUCCAGCUGAUGACACUUCGGCCCCUGUAUCAGGGAUGAUGGACUGCCUACAGCCUCCUUUUGAAGCUUGUUACAGUUCUGGGGACCAGAUGUCCAACUGCAGCCUGGAGCCCAACUGUAGUAGCCACUCUUCAGUGGAAACCAGGGAACUUACUAGCACUACCUCAGCUGAGCCCAUAGAGGGCACUGCAGCAGAACGGAAGCAUCCAUGCUGCUUCUACACAGAGAUGACUGUACACCACGGAAGUGCUAGUCAUUAUGCUGAAGACUGUUCAGUUAACAUACAGUAUGCCCAGACAGACACUGACAGCUGCAUGGGACAGGGUUGCUGCGAACAUGCUCAGCGAAUACCCAUAAUUCCUGAGGAUACAGACUGUGAAUUUGGCUUUGGUCCAGAACCACAAACGAGUUUGCUCCCUCCUAGAUUUACCGUAGAGAGGGAGGAGAGGACUUCUGAGGAGACUUGUGACUUAUUUUACCCCUCAGGACAAUGUAGAGGUCAAAUUUAUCCGCAGCCACUAGCUGAAGAGACGAGAGCACUAUUUCCCUCCCAGUGUAAUACCGUGUCUGAAACACAAGAGGGCGGCAAAGCAUCUUUUGAUGGGUCAGGACUCUGAUAGAG